UUGGCAAAAUGGAGACUGGAUGAUAUCAUAGUCUUGUGUCAACACCGUCAACAGAUAUAGAGGAAAAUGAUUUUGGACAUCUCUAAAACGUGAACGAUGCAGACUCGUUUUUAUUUUGGUGUGGUACUACUACUAGGAUGUCUGUACCACCAUGUGCCCCUCGUGAUCAGCGGGGAUUCCACUAAUCACCCAGAAAGUGAAGCCUUCUUCAGUCCAAGAUCAUUCCUGCUCGCUGACAUUAACUGCACCAGUUCCAAUGUAUCAGUUUGUCAGCCAUGCUCCGAGGGCAGCUUUUCUAAUGAGAGUUUAACAGAGUGUGGUUGUUGUCCUAAUGGGGCUACAGGAGAGUGUUUUAACCAGUCAUUUUGUGAGAGGUGUGCUAAGGGCCACGCCCAGAACCUUACAGGACAGGAGAACUGUUUCCCUUGUGAUAAGGGACAUUACCAAGACGAGUUAGGACAGCCCAGCUGUAAACCAUGUCCCAAAGGAUCUGCCACAAAUGCCGUUGGAACUGUGACAUGUUCUAAAUGUGAAGCCGGUGAAUAUACCAAUGUCACGGGAUCUGUGGAAUGUUCGGAGUGUCCGUCAGGGAAAGUACAGCCGGAUACUGGUGGAGGGGUUUGUACUAACUGUACCAAAGGACAAUUAUCAGGAUGAGAAAGGAAAAACAGAGUGUAAAAACUGUACAAAGGGAACAUUCCAGAAUGAAACUGGACAAUCAAACUGUCGGAAUUGUUCUGAAGGUCAUUUCCAAGACCUGGAAGGUCAAGUAAAAUGUAAGGUUUGUAAUGUAGGGGAGUAUCAGAAUGAGGAGGGACAAACCGAGUGUAAACUGUGUGCCAAGGGAACACACCAGGAAGAGAAGGCACAGAAGGAGUGUCACAAAUGUGAACCAGGCUCCUACCAGAAUGAGACUGGUCAAGUCCGCUGUCAUAAGUGUCCGGGAGGAAUGUUUCAGGAGAACCCUGGCAUGUCUGCCUGUGAGCUGUGUAAAGUUGGAACAUUUUGUGGUUCGGGUUGUUCCCAUUGUUCUGCAUGUCCUCCUGGAACCUACAGCGGUAACUCCACAGGACUGAUCACCUGUCCAGCUUGUCAACCAGGACAUUUUUCUAAAAAUGAAAGCUCCCAAAGCUGUUCCAAGUGUGAGCCAGGGAUGUUCCAGAGUAAAUCAAAUCAAACAACGUGUGUUUAUUGUCCUGUCGGCAGAAUCUGCAAUGCUCAUGGUUGUGUAAACUGUACUAUGUGUCCAGAAGGACAAGAGACCACAGCUGAGGGUAGCACCAACUGUACACUGUGUCAACCAGGUUUCUAUAAGAUCGGUUUGUCUGGUGGCACAUGUAAGCCCUGUAAAGAUGGAUACUAUCAAACUUCACCAGGAUCCGGUUCAUGCCUGGAGUGUCCAUCAGGAUUCUUCUGUCCAAUAGCAUCAGAACCGCCCCUACGAUGCCCAGUCAGCGCUAUCUGUCCCAAAGGUACUGGUCAAGCCAUACCUUGUGCUGGACCAUUCUAUAAAGCCAAUAAAGAAAGAACAGAGUGUUUGGCCACACAGGAAUUAAUAGCUGUAGUGGCUGGCUGUAGUGUUGUAUUGCUAGCAUUUUCUGGGAUAGUUUUAUACAAAUGUCGACAGUACAGGAAAAGACGAAAAAAUUCUGAAGAUAACCAGCUAUUAACAACUUCAGGAAGUCAGAUUUACUCUGGAUGGUGACGAAACAAGGAAAAAAUUCUAAAGACAACAGCUAUUGAUAAAUUCAGGAAGUCAAAUUUAGUCCAGGUGGUGAUGUAACAACGAAAACUUUCCUAAGAUAAUCAGGUUUUAGUAACUUCAGGAAUUCAGAUUUACUGCGGGUGGUGAUGGACCUGAUUUCUUCAUUCCAUCUUUUUCAGGAUACAAGAGUUCAUCAGGAUAUUGUGUACAUACAUGUGUCAGGCAGGCAUUUAAUAGACAACUAUCUUUACAUAUUUUGUAAUAAGAUAAUUAUUAGUCUGAAUUAUCCCCCUGUACAACCUUUCAGCAGCUCUGAUUAACACAAAUCAAAUAUGUACUAGUUUUAAGUUUUUACAGGAUGUGCUUACCUCAUGGAAUGCCCUUUGCAUUAUCAGUGUUAAGCCGAUUUUAAAUUGGGGAGAUAAGUGCAGUUCAUAUUGCAGUUUAAUCAGAGUUGUCUCCCCUUGUAAUUCAUUCAUGUCUGACUGAUCGCGUGGUAAUUUAGUCAUGGUUGUUACUUUCUCUAUUGAUGCAGUCAUGGUUGACUCUACUGAUGAUUUAAAUAUAGUUGACUAAUUGUGGCGAUUUUGUCUUGGUUGACUUAAUCUCCUGGCAAUUUGGUCACAGUUGACUGAAUUCCUGAUGAUUUAGCCAUGGUUGACUUAUCUCGAGGUAAUUCUGCCACAGUUGACUGAAUUCCUGGCAAUUUAGUCAUGGUUGACUUAUCUCCUUGCAAUUUGGCCACAGCUGACUGAAUUCCUGGCGAUUUAGUCAUGGUUGACUUAUCUCCUUGCAAUUUGGUCACAGUUGACUGAAUUCCUGUUAAUUUAGUCAUGGUAGACUUAUGUCCUGGCAAUGUAUUCACAGUUGACUGGUCUUGAGCGACACUCUUUGCAAUUAAGUGAAAAUAAAAUGAUAUAUAUGUAAAUGCCUGUCUGUUUGUAAAACUACUGUACACAUGAAUUUGUCGCACAAACCUCAUAAUACUCCUAUUCACCUGUCCAAAAGAGGGUAUAAUUGUGAUUUUUCAUGCAGAAAGUUUUCAAAGGCUUGGUAUUCUAUUUAUUUUUAUCCAGAGUUUAUCAAAAUCGUUUAUUUAUAGCACAAUAUAUAUAUAUUCUCUCAAACUGACAUAAUUUGUAUAUUUUAUAAUUAAGAACAAUUUAAUGUGUAAUAUCUGUAGUAAAUUAAAUGUGACCUAGCUCUGUUUCAUCAAUAUUCAUUAACUUAAGGAAAUGCCUUAUCAACAUGUUUUUUUCAUAGGAAAACACAAUUGGAUUUACGGGAAAAUCUUAGUUUAAUAAAAAAUUAUCCCGAAAUAUUGUUUCCAGGUUAAUUUUUAGUUUACUUCAUAGAUUUUCCAAAAGUUUAGAAAUGUUGAUGAGGCUGGGGCCUGGAACUUGCAGCAUCCUAUCAGGUAUAGGAUGUGCAUAUGUUUGACUUUUGUUUCCAUAUAUUAUUAAUAGUACUGAUUACCUUGUUGCUGGUAGUGUAAGUUUAAAACUACUGAGAAUUUCCUGAACUGUAAAUUGUUGAGACAUUCUCCUCUUGAAGAGAGAGAGAUUCCUUCCUUGUCACCAGGUCAGGGACAGUUUACAAUUUGUGUUGAUAAGUCACAUUUGGGAACAGUUUAGUACAUUAUUUCAGAAACAAAUAUAUUUUAAAACAUAAUCUGUCUUACCUAAUUGCGUCAAACACUACAUACCAUUGGUACUUCUAUUGUAUCAUCAAGAGUUUGUAUCUCAGUACGACAGGAAACAAGCUUUUGUGGUUGUUUUAGACUUACAUGGUACAUUAUUUUGAAUAGAGAGUAUAAUACGCCAUGCCAUGAUAGCGAUUUAUACUAAAUAAUAGACUUUUAUCGUCAGACUUAUGCCAGACAAUAGACUUUUAUUGUCCGAAUUAUACAAAACAGUAGACUUUUAUUGUCCGAAUUAUACAAAACAAUAGACUUUUAUCGUCAGAGUUGUACUAAACAAUAAACUUUUAUUGUCAGAGUUAUACUACACAAUAGACUUUUAUCGUCAGAGUGGUACUAAACAAUAGACUUUUAUCGUCAGAGUUAUACUAAACAAUAGACUUUUAUUGUCAGAGUUAUACAAAACAAUAGACUUUUAUUGUCAGAGUUAUACUAAACAAUAAACUUUUAUUGUCAGAGUUAUACAAAACAAUAAACUUUUAUUGUCAGAGUUUGUCUGAUCUUGUGUCCUGAUACAACUGGGAACAUGUUCCAGACUUACAUAUAUAUUACCAGUUACCUGAUGCUUUUCUGUGAUAAAUAUUUAUGCAAUUCGUUAUAAUUACACUACACAUUCCCUAUGAUAUUUUUCUAAAUUUUUGAUUCUUUCAUUCCCUGUCUAUAGUUUGUUGUUUAUAAGUGGUGAUUCAUCUGAACAAAGUAUGAACGUGUGUGAGUUCCAUUCCGUGUUUAGUAUAUUGUGUCAUUUCUGUGUUUUUAUGUAUCUCCCCGACUUGUCAUAUUGCAUUGUAUGCACAUUGUAUCUGUGUAACAAUAAAUUGUAUUUAUCUGUACAAUAUUACAUUGUACUCUAUAUGAUGUUAAAUUUUACCUGUUAAUUCUUUGUACAAUGUAUGCUUCUUUAUUAAGUUACAUUGUAUGUUUCUUUUUUAAGUUUUAUUGUAUUUGUGUAAAGUUACAUUGUAUGUAUUAGUGUAAAGUUACAUUGUAUGUUUUUGUGUAAAGUUACAUUGUAUGUUUUUGUGUAAAGUUACAUUGUAUGUUUUUGUGUAAAGUUACAUUGUAUGUUUUUGUAUAAGUUAAGUUACAUUGUAGGUAUUUUUGUAAAGUUACAUUGUAUGUAUCUAUGUAAAACUGCAUUGUAUGUAUUUGUGUAAAGUUUUAUCUAAUUUUGCAGAUUACAAUGACUGUGUUGAAUAGUUAAUGUUAGGAGUAUGACCACAUUUUGGGACAAAUACUAGCUAUUUAAGAUAAAUUACUCAACCAAAAAAAAGUUCAAUCAUCAAAUUAUAUUAAUGAAAAUAUUUGAUAAAUAAUAAAAAUCACCCCCUGUCAUUUCAAUGGAUAUAUUAUUCUCUGGACAUCUAUCUGUAUUACCUGUUCUAUAUAUCAAGGUUCUCUUAGAUUAAUGACAUGAAGUCAUUUAGGUUGAUUCUUUUAUGUUAAUGGUCUACAUUACUUGAUAUGACUCCAAAUUCUUCCAGAAACAGACUCUUCCUUCUGAGAUAUCACUAAGCAGCUCUUGUAGCCAAUCAAAAGGGACGUUACAAACAGCAACACUUUUUAAAGGUGACAUUUUAACCAAUAAUAGUCAUCAUUAUUUAUCAGCAAGGUAAUUUGGUGGCAUAGAUAGUUUGUUAAAGUCUGGUAGUAAAGCAGUCAGAUGGGUAGUUUCAGUGUUGUUUUAUAAAAUUUACAAAAUUAAUUUCUGGUGCAUUUUUAAAAGAAAUUGUAAAAUGUUAUUUGUGUGAAGCUAUCAAAAAUUAUCUUGAUUUUUUAUAUCUGAUCUGUGUAUUCAUAAUUAUCUUGUUGAUUAUACACAAUACAUGAUAUGUAAUGGACAUCUGUUUGUGACAUUGUAUCAAGCCAUUAUAUUAUACUAUUAUAAUUCAAGGUCUGUAGAAAGACUUUUAAUUAUAUUUUCAUGUGUUUUUUGUUAUUAAACUGUUAUGUAUAACAUAAGGGAUGAAUGUAUUGACAAUAUUGGUAAUAUAACAAUAUAAUAGUUAACAAUAAAUUAUGUGUUUCUAGCUCUAGUUUCAGUCCGUUAGAGUGCUGACCAUGUGAUCUGAGGUGCAUGGUUUGAUGCUCGCUACCGUUGUUGGAUUGUGUUUCUCAGGAUGUGGUCUGGAUGACAUUCGAUGGGCCUCCCAUAUGUUGUUAAGUGAGGUAAUCACCAACUACUACAAGGUGACCCACCUCAAAAUGACCCUGGCUUGUCAUGGGGCGAUAAACCCAGCAACAAACAAACAAACCAGAUUAAUCAAUGUUCUGUAUACUAAAAGGAAUCCUUUUAUUUCAAAUUUAUAGGAAAGCAUUUUCGGAUUUAAGGGGAAAAAUUUUGCUUGAAUUCUGUAAAGCUUUUCACUGGAAAAUGUUAAGCAAAAGAAUUUUCUAAAAUUAAGUUGAAGGAUAUUGACAAAACUGGGGUUUGAUUACAUUUAUGAAAAUUAUUUCAUUUUGAUAUUGGAUGUGUAUGUCAGGGAUCCAAAAUAGGACAUACAUGUGGCUCAGGUGUUUAAGACUGCCAAAAAACGUAUAUAUAUAGUACAUAUUACAGAAAUGUACAGCUUAGGGUUUAGGAUUUGUUAGAGAUGUUAUAAAACCAUUAAAAUAUCAUUAAUAUUACCAGUAUCGCAUACUUUAGUUAAAACAAAUCAUGCCAUGGUAUUGUGUGGUUUAGAGAUGCUAUAAAACCUUUAAAAUACCAUUAAUCUUACCAGUAUCACAUACUUUAUAGUUAAAACAAAUCAUGACAUGGUAUUUUGUGGUUUAGAGAUGUUAUAAAACCAUUAAAAUACUAUUAAUCUUACCAGUAAUGAUACUUUAUAGUUAAAACAAAUCGUGACAUGGUUAAUCUUACCAGUAACGAUACUUUAGUUAAAACAAAUCAUGACAUGGUAUUGUGUGGUUUAGAGAUGUUUUUAAACCAUUAAGAUACCAUUAAUCUUACCAGUAACGAUACUUCAUAGUUAAAACAAAUCAUGACAUGGUAUUGUGUGGUUUAGAGAUGUUAUAAAACCAUUAAGAUACCAUUAAUCUUACAAGUAUCACAUACUUUAUAGUUAAAACAAAUCAUGACAUGGUAUUGUGUGGUUUAGAGAUGUUAUAAAACCAUUAAAAUACCAUUAAUCUUACCAGUAACGAUACUUUAUAGUUAAAACAAAUCAUGACAUGGUAUUGUGUGGUUUAGAGAUGUUAUAAAAAAAUAUUAUAAUACCAUUAAUCUUACCAGUAUCGCAUGCUAUAUUACCAAAGCUAAAAACCACGACACGGUAUUGCAUGGUGCUACUUUAUAUUAUAGAACCGUAUAUGGAAUGCCUUGCACUUAAAAUAAUCACUGUUGAAAGACCUAGCACGUACUAUAUGACAGGAAAGUAGCAUGUUAUAAAUCCGUUAAAAUAACGUUAAUCUUGAUUAAAGCAUGACUACCUAAUUAAAAACAUGACAUGUAUUGUUAUAUAAUAUCUCAAUUUUGUGUUGUUUUAAAUUUUUAGCAAAGUUACAGCUCUUUCGUUUAACCAAUCCAAUUAAAAUACAUCAUUAUACACUACGUUAUGAUUGGUGUUUAACAGUGUAGUUUUGUUAUGUUACAGGAAUAAACUAUAUUAUUAUCUGUUUUUAUCUCAGUGUUUGCUAUUGUUUUAAUUCAUAUAUUCUGAAAUAAACCAUAUCACAUUGUCAUAAAUCCAACACUUUAUCAAACAUGCAUAGAAAUGUUAUAAACUAAUUACACAAAACAUAAAGUGCAAAAACCUUUCAUGACAAUAAAUCCGUUUAUAUGCA